ACAAGGAUAGAUGGUCGGGGAAGUUCGACAAGCACUCAGCCUAAUCAGUAUUCUCGUGGUCGUGAGAAGAGCAGGAGGUAAAGAUGUCGGAGCGAAAAGUUUUAAACAAAUACUACCCGCCCGACUUCGACCCGUCAAAGAUCCCCAAGCUCAAGCUGCCCAAAGACCGGCAGUACGUGGUGCGGCUGAUGGCCCCCUUCAACAUGAGGUGUAAGACAUGUGGAGAAUAUAUCUACAAGGGCAAGAAGUUCAACGCCCGCAAAGAGACAGUGCAGAACGAGUCCUACCUGGGCCUGCCCAUCUUCCGCUUCUACAUCAAGUGCACGCGCUGCCUGGCAGAGAUCACCUUCAAGACAGACCCCGAAAACACAGACUACACCAUGGAGCAUGGAGCCACGCGGAACUUCCAGGCUGAGAAGCUCCUGGAGGAGGAGGAGAAGAGGGUGCAGAAGGAACGGGAGGACGAGGAGCUGAACAACCCCAUGAAGGUGCUGGAGAACAGAACCAAGGACUCCAAGCUGGAGAUGGAGGUUCUGGAGAACCUGCAGGAGCUCAAGGACCUGAACCAGCGGCAGGCACACGUGGACUUCGAGGCCAUGCUGCGGCAGCACCGCCUGUCGGAGGAGGAGCAGCGGAAGCACGAGCAGGCGGAGGACGAACGGGAGGCGGCGGCCUUAGUGGAAGAAUCUAGGAAACGAAGACUCCUGGAAGACUCGGAUUCAGAGGAGGAUGCUGCCCCCACCCAGCCCCAGCAGGCCCUCCUGCCCAACCCCACUGCCAUCCUGGACGAGUGGAACAAGAGAUUGAAGGCCCCAAAAGCCAAGAGGAAGGCGGAGAGCUGGGAGCGCAGUGUGGGCACCUUUGGCAGCAGUCCCCAGCUGUCUGGCCUGGUUGUGGUGAAGAAAACAGACCUGGGCCGCAGCAUCCAGCGAGGAGGAGUCCUGCCCGCCCCAGAUGCAAUGAAGAACGGGCAGGUGGCUGGCCCUGCGCCCCAGACGUCUGGCACCUCCUCCCUGAGCCAGCUGGGUGUGUAUUCCGACAGCGAGGACAGCAGCGGCAGCAACUGAGCCCUGCCCCCAGGCCCUUCCCCAGGUCAAGAUCACACAGCCAGCUCCAGCCCAUGGUCGGGGCAGGAGGCCCUGGGACCAACUGGAGUCACCACUGGACAAGCACAAAUGACCUCCAAGGCUGGCGGGGUCAGCAAUGGCUUCAGCUGAGGGACUCAGUUUCUCUCCCGUCCCCCCACCUUCCCUGCUCCGGAGCUCGGGGUCCCCAGCUCACAUGGCGGCAUCCCCGGAGCAGCUUCUGACAGGCCUUCGAGGUCGUCGCGGCUGACAUUCCGAGAUGCUCUGGGCACGUGGGUGAGCCCACCCACCAGUGGUUGGCUCCAUCCCCGCCACAGAACCAUCUGGAACCCAUGAAAGGAACCUGCUGAUCUGGCCUGGGGGUACCUUCUCUCUGCCAGCAUCUGAGGAGGGGGCUGCAGAAGCAUGCAACCUAGCCAGUCCUGGACUCUUGGCUCAGAAACUGCAAGAUAAUAAAUGUUCCUUGUUUCAUACACUCCGUUGGGGGAUAAUUUGUGAAGCAGCAGUGGAAAGCUGAUACGGUCAUGUAACCAGCAAGUCUGAUUCCAAAGCUCAUGUUCUUUCAAGAUUGCCAGAUUCCAGCUUGUGUGAUCUCCUGCUGCAGUAUUUUCUAGUUGAAGGUCCUGUGCCCCCGCCAGACUGCUUCACAACUUGAUCAGCCCCCGUCUCUGGUCUCCCACCCCUCCCGGGGUCACAGACGUUAGCCCUCCUCUCACACACAGACACACACACACAGACUGUCAUCUGGCAUUUGAUAAUGAGGCUUUGUGUUUUUCACUGUCAGAGUUUAGGGGAUGAAACGACCCCACUUUGGGGAUUCGCUUUCCUAAGGUGAUUUCCUUGCUUAGGACAGCACAACGAGGUGAACCAGGGUCCAACCAGGGCUUCUGAUGAGGGCUUGGGGGUCUUAUAUUACAGCUCCAUGGCUGCGAAGACAGGACCUGGGUGGGUCUGAUUCCAAAGCCCUGACAGGGACUCCCCUGGCGGUCCGGUGGUUAAGACUCCACGCUUCCACCACAAGGGGCGUGGGAUUGAUCCUUGGUUGGGAAACUAAGAUCCCACGUGCCUCUUGGCGUGACCAAAAAAAAAAAAAGCCCUGACGGUGGGGACUAAAGCCAGCCCACACUGGCAGCUAGUGAGAACUGAUGCCUCGUGCAUCUCUUCCCAGUUUUGCACCCAGCGGCAUCAUAUUUAUGGCUUAAAAUUGGCCACCACGGAGUGUUUACACCACGGAAAUCGGCAGAUGCUGCAAACCAGUUCCCCACACCAGAGCCAGUUGUGAAGCCCGUACCAGCACACCACUCCCUGUUUUCCCCCAACUCAGCAUCCUGCAGACAGUGCCCUGGACGUGGGCCAUUCAGAGACUCUGGGUUAAAAUGUCAUCCAGGGAAUUCCCCAGCGGUCCAGUGGUUAGGACUCGGUGCUUUCAUUGCUGAGGGCCUGUGUUCAAUCCCUGGUGGGGGGACUAAGAUCCCGAAAGCUGCUCGGCACAGCCUAAAAAUAAAAACAAAAAAUAAAAAGUAAAGAAGUCACCCAGCUUA